UUCUUUUCUUCUUCAAGGGAGAGACUGAUGUCUGCCUGAUUCUUCUCUUUCUCUCUUUCUUAUUAUUUCCUGUGCAUGAUCUGGUUUCGUAAUGAGCCAGACAAACCUUGUCUCAUUGCAUAUCCAUGAUGCAGAAAGUUUGUUGGCCUUACUUUGAUCCUGAUUUUGACCGUCUCCCCGAAAGGAUAUACGGCCCCACUUGUAGAGUCUGCAUUGAUAAUGAAAGCAUGGAAGAUUGCUCAGUAGUAAAGGUCGAUAGUGUAAACAAGCAAGGCCUUCUCCUGGAGGUGGUGCAGGUUUUGACAGACCUGAAUUUAACUAUUUCUAAGAGUUACAUUUCCUCAGAUGCUGGAUGGUUCAUGGAUGUUUUUCAUGUUAAAGAUGAACGUGGCAAGAAACUUACAGACCAGCAUGUCAUUGACUAUAUUCACCAGGCCAUAGGUACAACAAGGGAGACACAGAGCCCGGCUACACCAAAAUCAUACGUAAACGAUGUUUUCGAAGGCGAGCAUUCGAGCGAGCAUACAGCCAUUGAAAUGAGCGGGACCGAUAGGCCCGGACUCUUCUCAGAGAUAUCAGCAGCUCUAGUUGACCUUCACUGCAACAUUGUGGAAGCACAUGCAUGGAGCCACAACGCUCGUCUUGCUUGCGUUGCCUAUAUUUCUGAUCAGUCUACGGACACCCCUAUAGACGACCCUCACCGUCUUGCCACCAUCGAAGACCACCUGACCACCGUGAUCCGUGCCACUGGACCUCAGCCAAACAGCCAGGAAGUGAAGACAGGUGGAGUUGUUGGAGGGGAAGGGACGGUGACUAAUGUUGAAAGGAGAUUACACCAGCUCAUGCUUUCAGCUAGAGAUUUUGAUGGUCCCUUGGGUUCAUCAAUAACUGGGUCUGGACCCAGAUCGGGACGGGGGUCGGUUUCAGGAUUGGACAAUGAAGACGAAGGGAGGAAGACGGUAGUUUCGAUAGAUAACUGUGAGGAGAAGGGAUAUUCAAUAGUAAGCAUAGAGUGUAAGGACAGGCCAAGGCUAAUGUUUGAUACUGUUUGCACUCUUACUGAUAUGCAGUAUGUGAUUUUCCAUGCUUCUAUUGGUGCUGGUGAUGAUGGUUAUGCAUUUCAGGAAUAUUUUAUACGAUACAUCGAUGGAUAUGCAUUGAAUACGGAAAGUGAAAAAGAACGUGUGAUAAAAUGUCUAGAGGCGGCCAUAGAGCGCCGAGUUUGUGAGGGGGUGAAGGUGGAGUUAUGUGCAGAAAAUAGAGUAGGUCUACUGUCUGACAUAACCCGAGUUCUUCGGGAGAAUGGUCUAACCGUAGUUCGAGCAGAUGUAGCAACGCAGGGAGAGAAAGCAGUGAAUGCUUUCUAUGUAAGAGACAUUUCGGGGAAUGAAGUAGAUAUGGGAUUUGUUAAGUCCAUGAAGAAGGAAAUGGGUGCAAUUAAUCUUGAAGUCAAGAAAGAUAUUUCAAGGCCAAUUUCUCGAGAUCAAAGGGCUCGCUUCUCUAUUGGGGAUAUGCUUAAAUCACAAAUUGGACGUUUCUCUCAUAACUUCAUUCAAAUCAAGUGAUGAAAAUCCGUGUAAAUAUGUACGUAUAUAAACUCUCUUACAGGUAGUAAUAAUAUAUAAUUAAGGAGAUUUAAUUGUGGGAGAAUAAAUUGAUUAACUAAAUUCCUUGUAUACUGUGUUAGCGUUUGUACAAAAAUAAACCGGAGAUGUACUUAUUUAGCCGUGAUUGAUGUUUAGGGUUGUAAAUAAGGCUGUACGACUACUGUGAAAGGCGCUGUUUCUUGUUAUGGAUUGUACAGAAGUCAAUACGGAGGUUGUGUUUAUAAUAUUUUAUUCAUUCUAAAAUAUUAAUGUAAAUAAAAAAAAUAAAAAAUAAAAAGAGAUUGGUUAGACAGCAACUGAUUAUUUUUUCCAACAUAUAAUUCAUCAGUUUCUUUCAAAAAAGAAAA